CCUGUGCACUGACAGUGAGUGAGUGAGUGAACUUUAAUAUAGUGUGUGUAGCACUUUCUCUGCACUGUGCCUGCUUAAGGUCAUUUUUAUCCAGAGCAACUGUGUGUGAGAUGAUUGUAGCGAAUGAGGUAGUGUGAUUGUGUGAGAGGGAAGUGGGACUGAAUUCAACUCUUGAAAUGGUGGAGGAGAAGAUGGGUGGAUGCUGGAGCCACACCAAGGAUCAGUUUGAUAACUUGGAGAAGCACACUCAGUGGGGUAUAGAUUUUGUGGAGCGCUACACCAAAUUUGUCAAAGAGCGAUCAGAGAUCGAGCUGAACUAUGCAAAGCAGAUCAGAAAUUUGUCUAAGAAGUACCAACCGAAGAAGAAUGCCAGGGAAGAAGAAGAGAGCAAAUACACGUGGUGCCGUGCAUUUCUGGCAUCUCUAAAUGAACUGAAUGACUACGCUGGCCAGCAUGAGCUUGUUGCUGAGAACAUGACAUCACAGAUCAUUGCUGAGCUCACGCGAUACAUACAGGACCUCAAAGCUGAGAGAAAAUCACAUUUCCAUGAUGGACGGAAAGCUCAACAGCAAAUUGAGAACAGCUGGAAACAACUGGAACAGUGUAAGCGUAACUUUGAGAGAGCUUGUAAAGAGGCCGACCGAGCACAGCAGUACUUUGACAAAAUGGAUGCGGACAUCAAUGUGACAAAAGCAGAUGUUGAGAAGGCCAGACAGCAGUCUCAGUUUAGACACCAGUUGGCAGCCGACAGUAAGAGUGAAUAUGCCAGCUACCUGCAGAAAUUUAACCAAGAACAAACUGAACAUUACCACACACUCAUCCCCAAUAUCUUUCAGAAAAUCCAGGACAUGGAGGAAAGGAGGAUCGAGAGAGUGGGCGACUCCAUGAAGACCUUUGCUGAACUGGAUAGACAGAUUCUGCCCAUCGUAGGGAAGUGCCUUGAUGGCAUAACCAAAGCAGCCGAGAGCAUCGAGGCCAAGACUGACUCCGCACAGGUGGUGGAGUCGUAUAAAUCAGGGUUUGAGCCACCAGGUGAUGUGGAGUUUGAAGACUAUGGACAGGCAAUGAAGAGGACUGCAUCGGAGACCAGCCUGACCAACUCACGCGCCGACGUUAAGACAGAAAAACCCAGCAAAAGCAAGAGCAAACUCUGGCCAUUCAAAAAGAACAAGCUUAUGUCCCUAUUAACAUCCCCUGACCCACGCCAACCCCCUCCAGAACCCCCCUCACCUUCUACUGUGACCCUUGACCCCUGCCCCACCCCUCAGAGCCCCAAACCACCCAAGGAGGCCCUCUCGCACCGCUUCAAUGAUAUCAUCACCUCCAAGCCCAAAAUUCACUGCCUUCGGAGCCUGCGUCGUGGGCUCUCUCUCAAGCUGAUCUCGCUCAAUGCCCACGUGCGGAACCUUAUUGAGGGUGCGAAUCCAGAGGAUUUCAGUCACUUGCCUCCGGAACAGAGGAGGAAGAAACUCCAAGCGAAGAUCGAUGACAUUAAUAAAGACAUACAGAAAGAGUUGGACCAGAAAGACGCAUUGACUAAAAUGAAGGACGUGUAUGUGAAGAAUCCCCAGAUGGGGGAUCCGAGCAGCGUGGAUCCACGACUUGCAGAGAUUGGCCAUCACAUUGAUAAACUACAGGCCGAGCUUCAGAAGUUUGAGGGCUGGUUAGCAGAAGUAGAGGGCAGAAUGCCGGUGAGAAGUGAAAUGACUCAGAGACAAAGUGUUGUGUAUGAAACUCAAAACAAUACAACAACGGCCAACAAUAGCUGUGCUCAGGACCGCGAGAGCAGUCCAGAUGGUAGCUACACUGAGGAACAGAGCUCUGAAGUCCAGACAAAGGUUCAGACUGAUCCAGAGUUUGACGAGUUUGAUGAUGCUGAGGAAGAAAUGCUGCCCACCAUCGGAACCUGCAAAGCUCUCUACCCGUUUGAAGGAAAUAAUGAGGGCACACUGGCGCUAGCAGAAGGAGAGGUGCUGUUUGUGAUUGAGGAGGAUAAAGGAGAUGGUUGGACACGUGUCCGGAGGAACGAGGAAGAAGAGGGCUACGUUCCCACAUCCUACAUCGAGGUCUUUCUUGAUUCCAAUGCCAAAGAUUCCUAACCGAGAGAAGAGGGCACCUGGCACAAGUGACUGCAUAUACAGGAAAACAUCACUCUUUACCAAAAUGGAGAGUGUGAAACGACGAUGAUGAUGAUGAUGAUGGACAAAUUAAGUUGGAAGAAAGAGAUGUACAAGGGGCUGAGGUGCCUCUACUGCAGACAGUAACCGAACCAUGCCCAUGCAACCAAUCAGUGAUAAAAAAAAUAAUCUGACCCUGAAUGAGGCUACAUGUAAAAAUAUUGCUUCUUCGCUAUGCAGCUUCCUUGCACCCAUAAUUGUAAUUCAGUUCAACAUGACCUUGGGUUUAUUUACAUCUACUGAGAAGGAGCUAGAUCGCUUAUACUACACAUGGGCACAGAUAAAACAUUAGCUCUGAUAACAGUAGUCUUGUUCAGUCGAUCUGUAUGACACUUAACCAUUUUUUCCACACCUUUUUCAGUGUUGUUCAAUAUGUGACUGGUUUCCCUUCAAACGUUUUCCUUUUAACAAGAGGGUGUAUGUCUAUCUGUAAGAUUGGAUAAAUAGGCCAAUGCUAUAUAUUUUGUAUGUAUUUUGAGCCUUUGUGACUUUAUAAUCAGGCCCUUUAGGGAAAUCUCAUACUGGCUCAUUUGCACCAAUGUGUUGCACCAACAAACUUCUUUUGUAUUUCUUUUUUUUUAUAAUAAGCACUGUAUUGUGUUGCUUCAUUAGCCAGUGUGUAGGUAUUAGGGGUUGCAUAGACUAGUCAACUAAUACAUUCACAAGUCGCCGCAGUGCAGAUAUUAACUAGUCAGGGCAGUAGAAUUCAAACAAACAAACAAACAAACAAAAAACGUAAGGCAGACAGUAAAGAAAUCAGGCUAAGUGUAUUUUGUUAGUCUGAAAAAAUUUAAGACAAGACAAAGCCGAUUCUUAAAGUGUAUGUAAUGCCUUUUUGCAGUGGUUUAAAAUGAAUAUAUAUCAUUAGUAACAACUAAAAUGAAUUAAUAAAAUGGGGAAAAAUAAUAUAAAUCAUUUGUUAUUUUAUUAUCAAGCACAAAACUUUCGAUAAAUCGCAGCUUCUGGAUCCCGGAAAAAGGCAGCCUUGCCUCAGGCCUAAUCUCACGCGACAUCACACAUGGAACCCCGGUUAUCUGGGUAAUUUCCAUUCAUCUGACUCUGUGCUUGUUUACUCACCGAGAUUGGAUAUUGUUUUAGGAAUCUUACAAAAAUAAUGUUGGGUAAGUGCCGCAUUGUGUUUGGAUGUUCAAAUUUCGAUACAACAGGACAUUUGGUUCAGCUUAGAAUAAAAAUCCACAAACCAA